GGGCGCCGGCGCCAGCCGCAGAAGUGGUUGGUGGAGCAAGCGGGCAGGGCGGGCUGCGAGCCCAAGGCCGGCAACAACAUCGAGAUCGUCAGCACCUCGCAGACAGCCAAAGUCAUCGUCUCUGUCAAGGACGCCGUGCCCACCAUCUUCUGCGGCAAGAUCAAGGGCCUGUCGGGGGUCUCCACCAAAAACUUUUCCUUCAAAAGGGACCUGCCCCAGGACUCGGUGCUGCAGUGCUACGACGUGAAGAGCCCGCCCGAGCCCCGGGACAGCGCCGAGGCCCUCAGGAAACCCGUCAAAAACAGGAAGGUAAAGCUAAAGAAAAUGAACUCGCCGGAGAUACAUAUUCUUCCAAUCAAGAAGCAACGGCUCGCUGCCUUUUUUCCAAGAAAGUAA